CAGGACGAGUUCUUGGCGGCGGUCAAGGAGGUGGGCGCCUCGCUGCAGCCCGUGUUUGACCGGCGUCCCGAGCUUCUCAAGGCAUUUGAGGUCAUGUGCGAGCCGGAGCGCCAGAUCACCUUCCGCGUCCCCUGGCUGGACGACAGCGGCGUGCUGCGCAUCAACCGCGGCUGGCGGGUACAGUUCAGCUCCGCCAUUGGUCCCUACAAGGGCGGCCUCCGCUUCAGGGAUGGGGUGAACCUGAGCAUCAUCAAGUUCCUGGGCUUCGAGCAGAUGUACAAGAAUGCUUUGACAACGCUGCCGAUGGGGGCUGGCAAGGCAAGUGGUCGCAGAGGCGGCUCCGACUUUGACCCCAAAGGCAAGUCUGACAGUGAGAUCCAGCGCUUCUGCCAGUCGUUCAUGACCGAGCUGUACAAGUACAUCGGCGGCAGGACGGACAUUCCGGCCGGCGACAUUGGCGUGGGUGCCAAGGAAAUCGGUUACCUGUUUGGGCAAUGGAAGCGCCUGACGGGCCUGUGGACCUCCUCACUGACGGGCAAAGGGCUGGACUUUGGGGGCAGCGAAGUGCGGCCAGAAGCCACGGGGUUUGGUGCUGUGUUCUUUGCCGAGGCGAUGCUGGAAGACCUGGGCGAUGGGCUGCAGGGGAAGCGCUGCAUCGUGUCUGGCAGCGGGAACGUGGCCACCUUCUGCGCAAUGAAGCUGAUCGACAAGGGCGGCGUGGUGCUGGCCAUGAGUGACAGCAAAGGCUACAUUUACGAGAAAGAUGGCUUCAGUCAGGAGCAGCUGGACCAGAUCGUGGCGAUCAAGCGCAGCCACAACGGCAGCCUGGCUGAGUACACGUCUGAAAACGUGCAGUAUUUUGGGGACAGGCGAAAGCCCUGGGAGAUUGAAACGAGCAUUGACAUGGCCUUCCCGUGCGCUACCCAGAACGAGAUCACCCUGGAUGACGCACGGCAGCUAACGGACAGAGGCUGCAAGUACCCCGCUGCAGGUGCCAACAUGCCCACCACCGCUGCUGCCGUGUCCCACUUUGAGCAGCACGGGGUCGUCUUUGGCCCAGCCAAGGCCGCCAAUGCAGGAGGCGUGGCAGUGUCAGGGCUGGAGAUGGUGCAGAACAGGGUCGGGCUGCAGUGGACGCGGGAGGAGGUGUGUGAGAAGUUGAAGGAGAUCAUGACCAAGAUCUACACCACCAUCAAGGGCGCGGCAGAGGAGUAUGGCACCACGCUGGCCGCAGGUGCCAACAUCGCCGCCUUCACCAAAGUGGCCGAGGUGGUGCUGGCGCAGGGCGGGGUGUGA